AGUCCGUUCAAGGUCGUUUCACGCAACGGCGGCCGGCUUAGAAAGGAUCUGGUGUACAGUGACGUGUAUUCAUCUGAUGAAUUAUCGAGUGGUUCUUACUACCUAUUGGUCAUUUUUACUUUUCAUUGACUAAUUACGGAAGUUUAGUAUUAUGUACCUGGAUGUCAAGUACAAAGAAUUUAUUUUGUCUUAUUGGUAUCGGAAGUUUCAUAUAAAUCACUGAUAAAUCAUAUUAUAUAAAUCAUACUCAAUGAUUCCAUCCUUAACAAAGUUGAAUCAUGUUACAUCAGAAUGGUCAGAUUCUGAAUUAAGUUUAUUACUGAGUGCGUUAAAAAGAGAUCGUUCAUUUUCAACACGUGAAUUGGCUGAAUUCAUACAAACAAAAAAGAAAACAGAGAUUAGAGAACUUAUAGCUUGCCUUAUGGAUGUGGAUGAGAAGAAUUUACAGGAUCCACAAAUUACUGUACCGGAAGUUAAACCUGAAGGAUCAAUUGAUAUUUUAUUACAAAUAACUAGACACAGUUGUACUGAAUACUAUAAUUAUAGUAUGGCAUUGAAUGAAGUUCUCCAGCGAGCUUCUACGUGGGAAAGUGUAGAAUGUCGUAAAAUCAAUAAAAGAGAUCCAGACCCUAUAUAUUUACCUUAUGCACAGGUUUAUCGGUUUUUUUCUUCAUUGGUUUGUGGACAACCAUUACCAAAUCUAUCUGACUUGUCGUCUGGCGCCUUUCUAGAUCUUUUAACAUGUUUAGACAGAAUUUUAAACUUUGUCAAUAUUAGCAAGAAAAGUGAAAAUUCUAAUCAGAAUUCCCAUUUAUUAAUUGAACAACUUCAAAAUGCGAAUAAAAUCGCUACUGAAAAAAUAGGUGUAUUUUUAGCAUUGGCCGCUGCUAUUCAAUUGAAUUCACGUUUAUGUUCACGACGUGGAUGUGAUAUUACAGAAAACUUUGAUGAACACUGUAUUGCUCCACUGUUUUUAUUAUCUAAAGUGAAGCAUCCUCAUACACUGAAACAAACUCGUGAAAUGGUCGAAUAUCUAAUUAAUCGAUUCGCGAAAUUAUGGUCAUUGCCGAAAUUCCCAUGUUCACAAAAUGGUUCAUUUGCUUCUGAAGGAGAAUUAAAUAUUCAGUCGACUGAUUUACCAGAUGCCUUAUUCAAACGUCUUAGUAUGUUUUCACUGAAUCCAUUUUCAUUCCCAAUGGAAGUGAUGUCUCCUUUUCAAAAAAUCUUAGAUGAUUUUAGACAUAUGUGUUCAAGCAGGUUCAGUUAUUUAAAUCGCUUCAAAUCAAUUUUAUACAUUUCUUUACCGAUCGGACUUCAACAUUCUGUCAAACGAUCCACACCAUCACAACCUAUAAAAGUUGUUAACCAAUGGAAGAAGCGUCGAAUUGAAAAGUCGACCAAGAGUCGACCAACAUUACGUCAUAAAGCGUUGGAGAGUUCUGUACCUUUGAAUAAUUUGACAACAUUGAGUUUUGAUGAAAAUACAAAUCAAGUUGGCAGCAAUGCAUGUAGCGAUGAGAAAACUGAUUUGAAAGUUAACCUAACAUCACGUCGCUUUGUAAACUGGUGUCCAGGAACACAUUUCAUUCGUGUUUCAGAUCCAGCAGAAGAUGAAGCUGUCAAGAUGCUUAUGAAUACGCAUAUUCAAGUGAAAACAAAAAGCACGAGAAAAUUGAUAUAAGAAAAAUGUAUUUUUAUAAAUAUUGUCUAGUCGCGUUUGUUUGUUUUUUUUCGAGAAAAUAUUUUAAAUACAGAAUAAAUCAAAGAUCAUUGAUUAGUGUACUUGUUUGUGUGCCCGAGUUGGAGAGGUGUAUAUUUAUUGUAUAUGCAAAAUAAUACUCUAACAGCGAUAUUCUUUAAAAAUGUUGGGUUGUUAGAAACAGUAAAUAUCAUUAGUGAGUACGAAAAAAAUGUUGUUCCAGACGUGAAGUUGCGGGAUUCUUCCCAAAAAAUACCAAGUGAUGAUCUUUACAUGUCUAGACAAUGUGAAUUAGUAGUGUAUGUCCAAAUUAACUAACUGGCAAUUGGAUAGUCAUGAUGAUGAUGCUGGAACUAAUGAUUGACUUGGUGAUGGUCGAAAAUUUAGCAGUUGUUUUCCAACUAAAUAUCUAAAAAUUUAUUUUUUUAAAAAUUUGAAGAUUUUAAUAUAUACAGCUUAAAAUGAGCUUCAAAAAGGGAUCUAUGCACGUUUACAUAUUUCAUGUGUGUAAUAGGUUCAAACUUCAAUCUAUUUUGUCAUUGAAUAAAACUAAAGAAAACGACGAAAUCAACAUCAGUUUCGUCUUCAUAUCUGUCCCGUAAAUUAUUUUCAUCCUGCUACUGUUCUCUAACCUCUUUGAUCAUGGAUUUAUAGCUAAAUUAAAUAAUUUCGUCGAAAACAAACAUAUCCUUCAUUGAAAUUUCUUUAUUUUAAAUCUGUUCAGUUUUUAGUUGUGAUAGUACAUUAAAGAUGAAAUAAAAAAAUUAAUAAAAUCCUCACAUGUUCAGUUCGAGAAUUUAAUCAAAUAUUCUUAAUCCAAUCUUUGACCAAGAAUUCCAACGUUUCAAAUCUACUCUUCUCGAUAGCUGCAACCAAUAUAUUAGCACAAAAGUCUUCUAACGAAAGAACAUAGAAAUCACCUAAAACUACUUAGAACUAAUAAAGAAUUGAUUAUAACACGUCCAGUUGAAGGCGCUGGUUUAGUGCUGCUAAACCGCAAUAAUUAUUUUGAAAAAAUGACAACGCUAUUAGUAGAUGACACCAAAUUCUCAGAACCAAUCAAUGAGAAAAACAAGACAAGUUAUAGAAAAACAACUAAUUGAAGCUCUUGAAAGAAUGGAAAAUGAUAAGUUAAUUGAAGGACAUGUCUUUGAGCGAAUAAAACCAACAGGAUCAUUAAUACAGCGACUAUAUGGUAUGCCAAAAAAUACACAAACCUGUCCUACCUCUCAGACCUAUUCUCGAUAUGUCAGGAUCUCCUUACCAUUUUAUCACAAAGUGGCUGACAAAUCUCUUAGAACCCAUCAGAAAACACAUUUGUAAACACUCCAUACGUGAUACUCCUGAAUUUAUUGAGCACAUAAAAGAAGUGAGUAUAAAUGACAAAAUCAUGCUAUCUCUGGAUGUCGAAUCAUUAUUCACUAAUGUUCCACUCACAGAGACCAUUAAUUCCAUCCGCAGGUACGUAAAUAACAGUCAGAUUAACAUCGGAAUACCUGAUGUUUAUUUGAAGAAACUAUUAUUGCGGUGCACUUGCAAUGUACAGUUUACGUUCAACUACGUAAUUUAUAAACAGAAGGACGGCAUAGCAAUGGGAUCCCUUCUGGGUCCGUUACUUGCAGACUGCUUCAUGGCCAGUCUAGAAAACAAUCAACUGAAAGCGAUUAUAGAAAAAAUUCACUUGUAUAAUAGAUACGUAGAUGACAUCUUUAUCGUUUGUGACAACAAAUAUGACUUGAGUCAUCUUCUGAAGACAUUUUAAUAAUUGCCACCC